AUGGCUGUCUGGCUUCAGCUGGAAGAUCUCCAGUGUGGACAUGUAUUAUUUGUUCACAGGGAUGCAGAAGAUGCAGUUUAUGGGAGGAACGGUUAUGAUUAUGGCCAGUGCCGUCUGCGUGUUGAGUUUCCCAAGCCUUCCAGAGGUCGGGGCGGAGGCUUUGGUGGGGGGCCACGUGGGAGAAAUGGCCCUCCUUCCCGACGUUCUGAAUUCCGAGUCCUUGUUUCAGGGCUUCCUCCAUCAGGCAGCUGGCAGGACCUGAAGGAUCACAUGCGCGAAGCUGGUGAUGUAUGUUAUGCAGAUGUUCAGAAAGAUGGAAUGGGGGUGGUUGAGUUUCUCCGCAAGGAAGACAUGGAAUAUGCACUGCGUAAACUGGAUGACACCAAAUUCCGCUCUCAUGAGGGUGAAACAUCUUAUAUCAGAGUUUGUCCUGAAAGAAGCAUCAGCUAUGGCUACUCGCGCUCCCGUUCGGGUUCAAGGAGUCGCGAUUCUCCAUACCAAAGCAGAGGAUCACCUCGCUACUCCUCUCCGUUCAGGCCGUUCUGAUUUACCCAACAGGGACUUUUAAAAAUGUGAACUGGGCUCUCGAUUUCUGCUCAGUGUUUACAUUCCAGAAUGGAUGGAUAUAGGUCUUUCCUGGGAAGCUUUGUGUUUUUUUUUCCUUUCUAUCCAAUAAAACCUUUUUUUAAUGACUUACAGUUUUUACUAGGGAAGUGUUGGUAAUGAAGUACUAUGAACCAUUGCCACUUAAAAACGUUUUUGUUUGGAAAUGUAAGUUUUUGUUUUGCCUUCUAAACGAGGGGGAGGAGAGCUUGAGAAUUUGUGUGUGUUAAUGGUUUGUCUACAGGAUGGCGCUUUAAAACAGUGGAACAACGUGUAUAGCUCAGCCUGUUUUGAUGUCUGCAAAUAUACUUAAAUGUUUCUGUAACUCACACGUGGGUGGCUGUCUUUUUGUGCAUUGAGACCGGGGAAGGUGUGGUGUGAACGGCUGAGCCUGGAUAUUAAAAGUCCUUGCUAUUCUUGGGUUAAAGAAGGUUUGCUUAUGAAAACAUCAAUGAAACAUUUAAACUGUUCUUCUAAAGGCCCAGUAGAAUCCUUUACAGGCCAUCCAUUACACAUAAUUGUGUUGGGUUCUUCAUAAAAUUUCAUUAAAAAUAUGCAAGAAAGGCUUGACAGCAGGAUUUUUGGGGGGACUGUAGCAGGAGGAAGGGACAGUCUCCCCUGAUGAAUGAAGUAGGUCCUUAGCAAAGAGACAAUAUCCUUUGGCACUUUUCACCUGCUGCAAAUUGUGUCCACUUCAAAUGUUUCUUAAAACUUUAUUAGAAGUAUCUUCACUGCAUGACCCUUAAAAUAAAAUCGAAUUCAAUG